CCGGCAUUUCUGUGCGCAUGCGUGAUUAGGGUUCGCCGCCGGCUCCCUGAGCCAGUUUACGUAAGUGCGCCGGAAGUAGACAACGUCUUUGCUCCGAGUUGGCAGUGUACGCAUGCGCUAUGGGAAGGAGCUGCCUAGCUGGCGCGUAUGCGAGGGGGACGGUGCUGUCGCCGGGCUGCUUCCGACUGUGCCUUGUCCUGUCCCCAGCCAGUGCGCAGGCGCGUCUCGGUGUCGCCGCCGCCGCUGACGACUGACUGUGGAGUGUCGUCAAGCGCCGCUCGGAUCAGCGAGGUCAGUGGAGCGGUCAGCCCGUUAGCGUGAGGGGGUCCGGUGGCAGGCAGCGCCUCUGCCAGGGCCUAGAGCCGGCUGGCACCGUCCCACGUGUCCCCUCCGAGAGGCUUCUGCCCCCGUCCCCUUCCCGCCGAGAGUACGCAGGGUCCCCAGGCCGUGUGAGGCCCCAGGCGUGGGCUGAGGAGCCAGCGCCUGCCCCGAGAGCGGGGUGCCGUGCUGUCACGUUUCCCGGGCAGGCCGGGCAGCGGCAGGAUGAAGCUGGUGAGGAAGGACAUCGAGAAGGAUAACACAGGGCAGGUGACACUGAUCCCCGAGGAUCCCGAGGACAUAUGGCACACCUACAAUCUGCUGCAGGUGGGCGACAGCCUGCGGGCAUCCACCAUCCGCAAGGUGCAGACCGAGUCCUCCACAGGCAGCGUGGGCAGCAACCGCAUCCGCACCACCCUCACCCUCUGCGUGGAGACCAUCGACUUUGACUCACAGGCCUGCCAGCUGCGGGUCAAGGGGACCAACAUCCAGGAGAAUGAGUACGUCAAGAUGGGAGCCUACCACACCAUUGAGCUGGAGCCCAAUCGCCAGUUCACGCUAGCCAAGAAGCAGUGGGACAGUGUGGUGUUGGAGCGCAUUGAGCAGGCUUGUGACCCAAGCUGGAGCGCUGAUGUGGCAGCAGUGGUCAUGCAGGAGGGUCUGGCUCAUAUCUGUCUUGUUACUCCCAGCAUGACACUGACCCGGGCCAAGAUUGAAGUGAACAUCCCCAGAAAACGAAAGGGUAAUUGCAGUCAACAUGACCGAGCGCUGGAGAGAUUCUAUGAGCAGGUGGUGCAGGCAAUUCAGCGUCAUAUCAACUUUGAGAUUGUGAAAUGUGUUCUGGUGGCCAGCCCGGGGUUCGUAAGAGAACAGUUCUGUGAUUACAUGUUCCAGCAGGCAGUCAAGACUGACAACAAGCUGCUGCUAGAGAACCGGUCAAAAUUCCUUCAGGUCCACUCCUCCUCCGGACAUAAGUAUGCGCUGAAGGAAGCUCUUUGUGACCCAGCUGUGGCCAGCCGUCUCUCUGACACAAAAGCAGCUGGUGAGGUCAAAGCCUUAGAUGACUUCUACAAGAUGCUGCAACAUGAGCCUGACCGGGCUUUUUAUGGCCUCAAACAUGUGGAAAAAGCCAAUGAGGCCAUGGCCAUUGAUAUCCUGUUGAUCAGUGAUGAGCUUUUCAGGCACCAGGAUGUGGCUUGUCGCAGCCGAUAUGUGCGGCUGGUAGAUAGUGUGCGGGAGAACAUGGGCACAGUGCGCAUAUUCUCCAGUCUCCAUGUGUCUGGGGAGCAGCUCGGCCAGCUGACAGGGGUAGCAGCUAUCCUGCGUUUUCCUGUUGCUGAGCUCUCUGACCAAGAGGAGGAAUCCAGUUCUGAAGAGGAUUGAUGACAAUGGCUCACUCCACCCUUCCCUCAUAGCAUAGUAAGACUAAAAUGACAGUCACGGCACUUCCUUUCCAAAUACUGCAAGCAGAUGUGCCGUGGCAUGCAAUUUAACAUUUUGAGAACGAUAUUUUUGAAGGUGUCUGGUUUUGUUCAAUAUGCUCUACUGGAUAGCCAUAUGUAUUUGCACUUGCUGUGGUAAUGAUGAUGAUGGGUAUGCUACAGGUUGGGAUUGACCAUUGUUUGUAUAAACUACACUCUGGAUCUCCAAGAGCAUAACAAACAUAUAAAAGUCUCUGAUUUGGUUCCUGAAAGUUGCUGAUUAGGUAUUUUAAAGAAGAUGAGUUUCUUUGCCUUUUGGUGAAUGUACAAAAAAGGAUAAUAAAUUAAGGGGGAAAAAAACACUAAAAUGUCACAUUUUUCUGCUUUAAAUUAUGUGCUUGCAAACAGUACUGCAAAGUACGGAAAGCAACGUGUUAGGUAUCAUAUUAUAAAGUAUACUGAUACUUUUGAAUGAGCUAUCCAAGGCUCACCCAUCUGAAUGGCUAUGUUGACAACUUGGUCAGGAACCCAGAGGUUAUACCCUACUGAUGUAAAAAGGAGUAGAUUAUAGUAGGGAUGGGAAGAAUACCAGAUGUGGAUCUGUCUUUGUCGUGAGUCCAGCCAUUUGGCUCAAUUUGGCAAUAUUUAAUACCGUUCUAUCAGAAAUGGAAACUUUAAAAAAAAAAAAAAAAUACCGUGAAUUGACAGUAUCCCUUUAGACAUGAUGGCAACUGGAGGCCGAGGUGUGAAGCUGUAUGUGCCAUGCUUUUAGCUUUUCUUUAAAUGCACUACCUCAGAUCCCUGUCAUGUGAGCUUCAGAAAGUUGUACUAUAUGCUGAUUUAUAUGCUAUAAUUCAGAUGCUCCAGCUUUAAAUUAACUGUUUUCUAAUGAAUCAGUGUUAGGAUAAUUUGGGCCUGAUGCUGCAAGCCCUUACUUGCAUGAGUAAGGUGUGCAGAAUUAAGUCCAUAGUUUCCCUAGGAAUCCUUUUGGCAGUUGAUAAAUGGCUUGCAUUACAGUCUCAUAAUCUGGUAUUCUCAUGUAGAUGUUUUUAAAAACAGGUGUGUACAGUACAGUUCCUCUUGGAAAUAGAAGAUCUAAUUAGAGGCAGGAUUUUGGCCUUUUUGAAGGUAGUGAUGGUUAGAAAAUUAACUUAGUUAUUUCCCAAUUUUAUUUAAUCUAUUUAUCCAUAUUUAUUAAAAGUGCUCAGAACUGAGGUGAUCAAAUGGUAAUCCAAUAUUUCCUGGAGUUUAUAGUUUUUAAAAAAAGUUUAGCUGGGGGAGAGCAGGGGGGAUAAGGAGGGGGAAUCUUCAGAAUCUGAAACACAAUUAAGGUGGUGUUUGGGGCGAGGUGGGGCGGUGGUGGUAGUGUCGAGUAAUAAUGUAAUUUUUACAUAUAAAUAAUCCAGUUUUUAUCAGGAUGUCAGGCAAGGCAUGGUCGCAAAUUUAGAUUUUUUUGUUUUUGUUCUUUAAAUACUAACUGUUAAAACUCAAGUUGGGGCAGCCCUUGAGUUAUAACUUGAAUUAACUUUUCAGUGAGUUGCAAUGGUCCACUUUGGAAAUCUGAUUAUAGAGAUCUUGGCCUUAGAGCCCAAUCAUGCAAGGUCUUGAAUGCCUUCAACUCCUAUUGAAUGUUUAUCUGUUUGAGGAAUUAUAAGUAAUCACUGAAAUUUUCUCUAACAAUUAGCACUGUUUCACU